GGUGACCUCUUUUUGCGCGCGGGCGUGUCUCUGCGCGGGCGGGCGCCUGCUCAGCGCGCUCGGGAGGCGGGAGCCAGGAGCGGGGCCGGGCGGUCGGUCCCGCGGGGGCCGCCGAAGGAGGAGAGAGGAGCAGGCCAGGGGCCGGCGCGGGAUGGCGGCCAGCGACCCGCGGAGCGCGCAGGAACUCGCGCAGUUUGCAGAAAACCUACUACAGCAACUGCAGGAGAACUUUCAAGCUUUGACUGAAAAGUUAACUCUGAGAAUGGAAGAAAUGGGUGAACGUAUUGAUGACCUUGAAAAGCAUGUCACUGACCUAAUGGCACAGGCCGGGAUAGAAAAUACCAAUGAGGAUCUGAUGCACUGAAAAUGAGAACAUACUGAUCAAGAAAUACAGACUGAUUCUGUAUUACAUUCUAUUGC